GUGCCCUGUAGUGGCGGCCUUCACACACAAACUGCUAAUCAGCUUUGUUUCUUCAGUUGCGCUUUUCCACCGCUAGGUGUUUAGCUGAGAAUUGAAAACAAAAUGUCAACGGUACCUUAAAAAAAAUGGCUAUUUAAUAUUCUUUCUAUGGCGCGGUGAUUAUGGAGGAGGUUGCAAAGGAAGUGUCUUCCUUAUCGCCUGCGGGGGGAGAAGAAAACUCGGGGCAGAAUGGUAAAAUAUGGUGUUUGAAGCGAGUUGGAAAAGACAGCGGCUGGCUAAGGCUCUUCGAAAAUACUGAGGUUACUAUUGGACGUGGCCUGAAUGUCACCCAUCAGAUUCUCUCAGCGAGUUGUCCACUGAUGAUUUCCAGAAACCACUGUAUGUUUAAACAGAGAGAACAUGGACAGUGGACAGUGACUGACAAUGAGAGCCUAAAUGGAGUGUGGGUGAAUGGUACUCGGAUAUCCCCUGGGAAACCCCAUGUCCUGCAGCAAGGUGAUGUUGUACGAUUCGGUGUCCCGUUGGAUGGCAAUCCGGUGGAGUUCGAGUACGUUCUUCUUUACUCCAGUUUUGACAUAAUCAAAGCUUUCUUAACCAAAACAGCGGCUGCAGAAGUCAAAGCUGUGACAUCCAAACCCAAAAAGUUUAAGCGAAAGUUUGGUACAGACGAGGUGGAGUCAAACAAUUUACAAGACUCAAACUCAAAGCUCUAUCGCAUCACCAACACGGAUAAAUCUCACGGCCUGCCGUGUCCCACAGGAACAGUACCUGAACAGGCUGGACCUAGUGAACCAUCUGGGCACUUGAGUGAGAGUAGUGACAGCACAGAGCAUCUGACUACCUUAAAACGCUACAGUGAGAACCUAAAAGUGCUGAAGGAGCGCAUGGGAGCCACACAGAAGCGAGCAGCUGAGUUAGAGGGGCAGGAGGCAUCUAGUCUGGAGCAGCGGCAGGAAAUGGAGGUUCUGCAGGAGCAGAUGAAGCUGCUACGCGGCGAGUUAAACUCGCAGCAGGAACUGGCACGACAGCGCAUGGAGAUCCUCGAAAGGUCCGUGUGUGAGGAGGAGAGACGACUAGCGACGGAGAGAAGCCAGCAGAAAGAAGACGGCCUGAAAAAACAACUAGAGGAGGCUUUAAAAGAGCACCACCGAGUGAUGGAAGAGUUGAAACAUGAAAGGGAGGGAUUUCAAGAGGUCCUUCAGGCCAAAGACAACGAGCUGAAAGUAACCAAGGAGGAGAAAGAGCGGGCGAGAGCUCAGAAGGAAGAGGUUGUCACACAGAUGACAGAAGUGCUGGAGAAUGAACUGCAGUGCAUCAUUUGCUCUGAGCUCUUCAUCGAGGCAGUGACGUUGAGCUGCGCCCACAGUUUCUGUCAGCAUUGUAUUGCAGACUGGCGGAGACGCAAAGACGAGUGUCCUAUUUGCAGGCAGCCCAUUGUGUCUCAGGCUCGCUCUCUAGUGCUGGACAACUGCAUUGACCGCAUGGUGGAAAACCUGAGCACUGUGAUGAGAGAGAGGAGAACAGCGCUUAUCAGCCAGAGGAAAGGUGAGAGGUCAGCACAAAGAACCCGCCGUUGGACUGAUAGUGAUUCAGGAUGAUAGUGACAGUGAUCCAUCAGUUCAGCCAUCCAACGCAGCAAAGGCAACCUGUUGAAGCCUUCUGUGGGUCAAUUAUAUGACUGUGUGAUUUAAUAGUAUGACUGUGAAAUGUACAGCUGUGAAUGUGUUGUCGGUUUGUAGAUAAGUUAUAUUUGUUAGUUGUUGUUUUUUUGUCUUUUCAAUAAAGCAGCUUUAUUAGACUAUUGUUCAGAUAUUACAAUUUUAUUUUGUUUUUUUUUGUUCUGAAUUAUUGCGCCGAUGAUUUUUCAGAAAUAUGGUUUUUAAGUUCUCAUUUCUUCACUCCCUUUAAUCUAUUAAGUGGUAAGGGUGUGUAGGAAUUUAAUUUAGAUGUCUGUCUUUUUUAUUUAAAGAUAUUACAGUUUUAUUGUAUUUUUAAAUAAACCCAACAUCAAUGCUCACAGGAUGCAGGUUCUAUGAAAAGACUGUUGUUAAAUAAAUCGUGUCCUCAACACUAGGGGGCAGCAUAGCCGCAAAAUUACCCCAGGACGAUUUACAUUUUUUUUCUUCACUAAGCUAAAUAUUUUUACAGAAUGUCAAAAGUAGUAAAGUAGCUGUAACACAAAUGCGUUGUUAUGAUGUUAACUAUAGAUUCUGCUGUCUCUUAACAUUUAAAAUCUUGACAAAAAAAAUCAUUUUUCAUAAAAUAUCAAAUUCCA